CAGUACUGUGUCUCACAAACAGUUCUGAUCAAAGAGACAGGUCUUUUAAUGUGGAGAAUCACUCAGUCUUAACUUCAGAUGACUCAGUUACUGUCUCCUAAGCCUGCUGCAAAAAUGAGUGCCUCAGAAGACGUUUGGAGAAAAGAUCUGAAGAUGAUCCAUGGCUACCCCAUGAUAUAUGCUUUUGCACUCAACUGGGAAAGAAUUGAAGAGUUCCAGAGCACACCAGGUGACAUUGUAAUAACCACUUACCCUAAAUCAGGUGUUGAACUCUUGAAGAAAACUCCAUCACCUCGGAUAAUAAAGACACAUCUUCCAAUCGAUCUACUCCCCAAAUCCUUCUGGGAGAACAAGUGCAAGAUGAUUUACCUUGCUCGAAAUGGCAAGGAUGUUGCUGUAUCCUAUUAUCAUUUUGAUCUGAUGAAUAGUAUUCAUCCUCUUCCUGGCACCUGGGAAGAAUAUCUGGAGAAAUUCCUAGCUGGAAAUGUGGCAUAUGGUUCAUGGUUCGAUCAUGUUAAGAGUUGGUGGGAAAAGAGGGAAGAGCAUCCUUUACUUUACUUAUACUAUGAAGAAUUGAAACAGAACCCAAAGAAAGAAAUCAAGAAGAUAGCCAGCUUUCUAGACAAGACCUUGGAUGAAGAGGCCUUGGACAGGAUCGUCCAUCACACCUCCUUUGAAAUGAUGAAGGAAAACCCCCUGGUCAAUUACACCCAUCUGCCCACAGCAAUGAUGGACCACAGCAAGUCCCCUUUCAUGAGAAAAGGUAUUGUUGGGGACUGGAAAAAUUACUUCACAAUGGCCCAAACUGAGCAAUUUGAUGCUGUCUAUAAGAAGAAAAUGUCUGGAACAACACUUGAGUUCUGCACAGACAUUCAGAGUGCCUAAUCUACAACUUGAAUAUAUGGUUUCUUAAAAUAGUAACUUGGAAGGGAAAUCAAAUAGAUUCAUGAGGGAAAAAUAAAUGUGCUUUAAAAAUGCUAAUUGAAAAUAUCCUAUACAUUCCCCAGCAAGUAAUAUUCCAAAUGAUCUAGAGCCAAGGUCUUUUGUUAUCUUAGUUUUCAAAGGAUAUGUCUUCAGAUUUCUAGAUUCUUACUGAGUUGAAUAAAUAUAUUUUGUGACUUUAGAAAAAAAAAAGUUGGUCUGAGUUUAUUAUAACAUGGAAUAUAAUUUGUUUCAGGAUAUGAAACUUACAUUCAUGUUCCUGCAAAACAUAUUUCACAGGAGACUAUACUUUCCACUGUGUCUCCCAUGUAGUAGUUCUUAGAGAAAGUACUUAGAGAACGCUAAGUGCUUCUUAGAGUUAUGUUUUCUUUGCUAUUAAAACAGUUUGCAAGGUUGCAAAUGGUCUGCAUUUUCUACACUUGUCUAGUUUCCCUCUCCUGGAUAUCUGACCCAGGACACUAUGCUACCUGGCUAUCUCAAGGUUUUCAUGCUGUUCUGUGAGUUAUCAAUCAUCCUUCUACCAUAGUUCUUUGGUAAUAUUAUUCCAUGUGCCAGAUCAAGUAGCUGAGACUUGGAAAUAGUUUUCUAUAUUUUAUCUCAUUUUUGCAUCUCUAAAGAAUGAAAGAUUUACAAAACUCUUCCCUUGAGAUAGGAGCUUAUCUCUGAGAGACUACUCUCUCUCACCCUCCUUCCUGGAAGAAGACACUCUCAAAUGAUCCUCUUAAAUUUCCUGGAAAAAACUCUUGUGUGUCCAUCAACAAACAUACCUGUGCUUAAGUGUGUUUGGAUCCAGAAAUAGUGCUUUUAUUUCACAAGAUGAAAUUAUCACUGCAGCUAAAAUUGUCCUAACCUAGUACCUAGAGGAGAAUUUCUCGACUGAGGAAAAGACUUCAGAAAGCAGUGGGGGAUUACACAAAAGGGCCAUAUAGAUAGAUGCUUUUGUGAAUAAUUUUUUCCAGAUUUAGUAGCAGAUAUGUUAGAAAUAUUUUUCAAUAUUUUAUCACCUUUCUAAAUCUCUGAAAAUUAAAGACUUACAUUAUUUGUUUUUGUUUUAUUGUUUUGUUUUUGAGACAGGGUUUCUCUGUGUCCCUGCCUGUCCUGAA